CUUCAAGGCAAUUUACAGUAUCGAAGCCAUGCCUCUGCAAAAAGCAUCACUCUCCUAAUCUCUCUAGCGCCUUAUCCUUCUAUAAAGCUCAAGUAUUUGGCUGUUGAAAGAGGUAAGGUAAGGGGGAGAGAAAGAAAUAGAGUGAGCUAAACAUGCAGGCCGUACUGCAAUCCAAAGGGCUCCUUUCUCUACCUUCAAAUCCAAAACCCAGAAGUGUAAUUUCAUCAUCGCAGGGACUCAGGCAUCGUUUCAACGUCUUAAAACCCAAUUCUCUUGAUGGGUUAUCGUUAUCAUCAACUGGGUUUUCAAAAUUUCAUGGAUUCUCUCAAAGGAACAAAGGUUUCAUCUGCAAGGCCGAGGCUGCCGCCGCCGUGCCAGAUGAUGGGGAGCCAUUACUUGGAGGGUCUGAUUCGCCAAAGUUUAUGGGUAUUGAAAUCGUCACCCUUAAGAAGAUUAUACCACUUGGGUUGAUGUUUUUCUGUAUUCUCUUCAAUUAUACUAUUCUAAGAGACACUAAAGAUGUACUGGUUGUGACUGCUAAAGGGUCAAGUGCUGAAAUUAUACCAUUUCUUAAAACCUGGGUUAAUUUACCCAUGGCUAUCGGAUUUAUGUUGCUGUAUUCAAAAUUAGCUAAUGUGUUGUCGAAGCAGGCUCUGUUCUAUACAGUUAUCCUACCUUUCAUUGCCUUCUUUGGGGCUUUUGGAUUUGUGCUUUAUCCUCUUAGCCACUAUUUUCAUCCUACUGCCUUUACUGAUAACCUUCUAGCUGUUCUUGGGCCGAGGUUUCUUGGUCCUCUUGCUAUUAUAAGGAUUUGGUCCUUCUGUUUGUUCUAUGUCAUGGCUGAAUUGUGGGGAAGUGUCGUUGUUUCGGUUCUUUUCUGGGGUUUUGCCAAUCAGAUAACAACGGUUGAUGAAGCUAAAAAAUUCUAUCCUUUGUUUGGUCUUGGAGCAAAUGUUGCACUCAUUUUCUCGGGUCGAACUGUGAAGUACUUUUCGAAUAUGAGGAAUUCAUUAGGCCCGGGUGUUGACGGUUGGGCGAUCUCAUUGAGAGCAAUGAUGACAAUUGUUGUUUUCAUGGGAGGUGCCAUUUGUUUCCUUUAUUGGUGGGUGAAUGCUUAUGUACCUCUUCCAACCCGAAGCAAGAAGAAGAAGGAAAAACCGAAAAUGGGUACAAUGGAGAGCUUAAAAUUCUUGGUUUCUUCAAAAUACAUUAGGGAUCUUGCCACUUUGGUUGUUGCUUAUGGCAUUAGUAUCAACCUUGUUGAGGUUACAUGGAAAUCGAAGCUCAAAGCUCAGUUUCCAAGUCCGAAUGAGUACUCUGCAUUCAUGGGAGAUUUCUCAACCGCUACAGGGAUAGCUACAUUCACUAUGAUGCUUUUAAGCCAAUGGAUUUUUGAUAAGUAUGGUUGGGGAGUGGCAGCCAAGAUCACUCCUACUGUCUUACUCCUCACCGGAGUUGGGUUCUUUUCGUUGAUACUGUUUGGAAGUCCUCUAACGCCGACUUUGGCUACGUUUGGGAUGACCCCACUUCUCGCGGCUGUAUAUGUUGGCGCGCUGCAGAAUAUCUUCAGUAAAAGUGCCAAGUAUAGUUUGUUUGAUCCUUGUAAAGAAAUGGCCUACAUUCCUCUAGAUGAGGAAACUAAGGUUAAAGGGAAGGCUGCAAUUGAUGUAGUCUGCAACCCGUUGGGGAAAUCGGGAGGAGCAUUGAUCCAGCAGUUCAUGAUUCUGACUUUUGGAUCCCUUGCGAAUUCAACUCCUUACCUCGGAGGCAUACUUCUAAUCAUUGUUCUCGGGUGGUUAGGGGCAGCCAAAUCCUUGGAUGGGCAGUUCACUGCACUUCGUCGAGAGGAGGAAAUUGAAAAGGAACUGGAGAAAGCUGCAGUUUCAGUCAAAAUUCCCAUUGUAUCGGAAGACAGUAAUGGAUCUCUUGCGACUGAGCGAUCGCUCAAUCCAACGGGAGGCGAUGCCCCGGGCAGCCCGUCUGAGACCUAUCCGCGCUAGAUACACAAAAACUUUCCAGUGGUAACUAGAAAGCGUUUUUUGGUCUUAGGAUUAUAAGUUGUAAUAAUCAGAAGGAAGGCGCGAUUUAGUCGCAAACUUUCUAAAAACACUCUUUGUGAUUGUUUAGUUAAAAAGGUUAUUUAUUGUUUU